AUGGCGGCGGCGGCGGUCGGGCGGGACACUUUACCUGAGCACUGGUCCUACGGCGUGUGCCGGGACGGCCGCGUCUUCUUCAUCAAUGACCAGCUGCGCUGCACGACCUGGCUGCACCCGCGCACCGGGGAGCCCGUCAACUCGGGCCACAUGAUCCGCUCAGACCUGCCCCGCGGCUGGGAGGAAGGUUUCACGGAGGAGGGCGCCAGCUACUUCAUCGACCAUAACCAGCAAACCACAGCAUUCAGGCAUCCUGUGACUGGGCAGUUUUCUCCAGAAAAUAGUGAAUUCAUUCUUCAAGAAGAGCCAAAUCCACAUAUGUCGAAGCAAGAGAGAAAUCAAAGACCGUCCAGCAUGGUCAGUGAAACGUCCACAGCAGGGACCACUUCUACCCUGGAGGCCAAGCCUGGACCCAAGAUCAUAAAGUCCAGCAAUAAAGUCCACAGCUUUGGGAAGAGGGACCAGGCCAUUCGGAGGAACCCCAACGUUCCAGUGGUGGUUAGGGGCUGGCUGCACAAGCAGGACAGUUCUGGGAUGAGGCUAUGGAAACGGAGGUGGUUUGUACUUGCUGAUUAUUGCUUGUUUUAUUAUAAAGACAGCCGAGAAGAAGUGGUCCUUGGGAGCAUCCCUCUGCCCAGCUACGUGAUCUCUCCUGUGGCCCCUGAGGAUCGCAUAAGUCGCAAGUACUCCUUUAAGGCCGUGCACACGGGGAUGCGAGCGCUCAUCUAUAACAGCACCACAGUGGGCUCUCAGGCUGAGCAGUCAGGCAUGAGGACCUACUACUUCAGUGCCGAUACCCAGGAGGACAUGAAUGCCUGGGUCAGGGCCAUGAACCAGGCUGCACAGGUGCUGUCUCGAUCAUCACUGAAGAGGGACGUGGAGAAGGUGGAGCGGCAGGCAGUCCCCCAGGCCAACCACACAGAGUCCUGUCGCGAGUGUGGCCGUGUGGGACCCAGACACACGAGGGAUUGUCCUCAUCGUGGCCGUGACUACUCCUUUGGUUUUGAGAAGCGGGAGCAGGAGGAAGAACGGUACCGUUCCCAGAGCGACCUGCUGGAGGGCAAGCGGGACAGGAGCAAGGCCAGGUCCCCCUACUCACCAGCUGAGGAGGAUGCCUUGUUUGUGGAUUUACCCGGUGGCCCAAGAGGCCAGCAGGCACAGCCCCAGCGGGCAGAGAAGAAUGGUGGGCUGCCUGCCUCAUACGGCCCAGGAGAAGAGAAUGGGACUGGCAGCUACCCGCGGGCCUUUCCUCUCAGGACCAACACUGAAAAGCACAGCCAGAGGAUGAGCAGCCUGACCCAGGUGGAGCACUGGGCGAAGGCCCCAAAGGGAGAUGGCAGGAGCCUUCCCUCAGACCAUACACUUCCUCACCAGGGUCCUAGCCAGUCCCUGUCCUUCCCAGAAAACUACCAGACUCUUCCCACAAGCACCCGACACCCCUCAGGGGGCUCCUCGCCCCCUCUCCGCAACCUGCCGAGUGACUACAAGUAUGCACAGGACCGCGCCAGCCACCUGAGGAUGUCUAGUGAGGAGCGCCGAGCACACCGGGACGGCACCGUGUGGCAGCUGUAUGAGUGGCAGCAGCGGCAGCAGUUCCGGCACGGCAGCCCCACGGCACCCAUCUGUGCUGGCUCCCCAGAGUUCACCGACCAGGGCCGGAGCAGGAGCAUGCUGGAGGUGCCCCGUUCUAUCUCAGUGCCUCCAUCUCCCUCGGACAUCCCUCCCCCAGGACCCUCGAGGGUCUUCCCACCCCGGCGGCCACACACACCAGCAGAGCGGGUCACUGUGAAGCCACCAGACCAGAGGAGGAGUGUGGACAACUCGCUGGGGGAAUCUCCCAGGAAGGGGUGGGGCAGUGCCAUCAAGAACUCCUCUCACGUGGAUCGGCGCUCCAUGCCCUCCAUGGGCUACAUGACCCACACUGUCAGCGCUCCCAGUUUACAUGGGAAAUCGGCUGAUGAUACCUACCUCCAGCUGAAGAAAGACCUGGAGUACCUGGAUCUAAAGAUGACAGGCCGGGACCUUCUCAAGGAUCGAAGUCUGAAGCCUGUGAGGAUCGCCGAGAGUGACAUUGAUGUGAAACUGAGCAUCUUCUGUGAACAAGACAGGAUCCUCCAGGACUUGGAAGACAAGAUACGAGCCCUCAAGGAGAACAAAGACCAGCUAGAAUCCGUGCUGGAGGUGUUACACAGACAGAUGGAGCAGUACCGAGACCAACCCCAGCACCUGGAGAAGAUCGCCUACCAGCAGAGGCUGCUGCAGGAGGACCUUGUCCACAUCCGAGCUGAGCUCUCCAGAGAGGCCACUGAGAUGGAAAAUGCUUGGAAUGAAUACCUGAAGUUGGAGAGUGACGUGGAACAGCUGAAGCAGGCCCUACAAGAGCAACACAGAAGAGCCUUUUUUUUCCAGGAGAAGUCGCAGAUACAGAAGGAUCUGUGGAGGAUUGAAGAUGUCAUUGCAGGCCUGAGUGCAAAUAAAGAGAACUUUAGGAUCCUGGUGGAAUCGGUCAAAAAUCCAGAAAGAAAAACGGUGCCUUUGUUUUCUCACCCGCCUGUGCCUUCACUCUCGACUUCUGAGAGCAAGCCGCCCCCACAGCCCAGCCCUCCCACCAGCCCUGUGCGGACCCCUCUGGAGGUUCGACUCUUCCCCCAGCUGCAAACCUACGUGCCCUACCGACCGCACCCACCCCAGCUGAGGAAAGUGACGUCCCCCCUUCAGUCACCAACUAAGAUGAAGCCCAAAGUUCAGGAAGAUGAGGCGCCUCCCAGGCCCCCACUCCCGGAACUCUACAGCCCGGAGGACCAGCCCCCGGCUGUGCCACCUCUGCCAAGGGAGGCCACCAUCAUCCGGCACACUUCUGUGCGGGGCCUCAAGCGGCAGUCGGACGAGAGGAAGCGAGACCGGGAACUGGGGCAGUGUGUUAACGGGGACUCGAGGGUGGAGCUCCGGUCAUAUGUUAGUGAGCCUGAGCUGGCAACCCUCAGUGUGGACAUGGCCCAGCCCUCCCUGGGACUCCUGGGCUCUGAGAGCCGGUACCAGACGCUGCCAGGCAGAGGGCUCUCGGGGUCCACGUCGAGGCUCCAGCAGUCAUCCACCAUUGCUCCCUACGUCACGCUCCGGAGGGGUCUAAAUGCCGAAAGCAGCAAGGUGACCUUCCCUAGACCCAAGAGUGCCUUGGAGCGUCUGUACUCAGGGGACCACCAGCGGGGCAGGAUGAGUGCAGAGGAGCAGCUCGAGCGCAUGAAGCGGCACCAGAAGGCCCUGGUCCGGGAGCGCAAGAGGACGCUGAACCAAGGAGAAAGGACGGGCCUGCCCUCGUCCCGCUACCUCAGCCAGCCGCUCCCUGGAGAUCUCGGCUCAUGGAAGCGUGAGCAGGACUUUGACCUGCAGUUGCUGGAACGGGCCAUGCCAAGGGACAGAAAGGACAAGGAGAAUGGCUGGUUAAAAGUACAGACCAUGCCUGUCACUGAGUUGGACAUGGAACCUCAAGACUAUGACUUGGACAUCAGCAGAGAGCUGUCCAAACCAGAGAAGGUCUCCAUCCCAGAGCGUUACGUGGAGCUGGACCCUGAAGAGCCACCCAGUCUCGAGGAGCUACAGGCUCGGUAUCGCAAAGCCGAGAAGAUCCGCAACAUCCUCGCCCGGUCAAGCAUGGGCAACCUGCAGCCAACAUCAGGCCAGGACCGGAACAGUGUGGCCGACCUGGACUCGCAGCUGCAAGAGCAGGAGCGCAUCAUCAACAUCUCCUACGCCCUGGCCUCAGAGGCCUCCCAGCGCAGCAAGCAGGUGGCAGCCCAGGCAGUGACUGACCCGUGACCCAAUGUGCAGAGGACAAGCCUGGAGACAGCGGCCCAGUGGAACCA